AUGAAAACAGUGAAAGAUGACGAGCAAGGAAUGCUUUUGCAGCUUCCCUCUGAGCUGCUUUUGUUGAUUUUCGGCUACGUACGUGGUAGGCAUUUGGUUCGGCAUGUACGAUUGGUUUGUAGAAAGUUCCAUUGUUUGCUCACCAAUCAGCAGUGGUGGCUCACGCGCAUAUAUAAACUCUCAUCUCAUCAAAUCCGGCUGUCAGAUUGUGAGACCAAAGGAGAAGGUUUCGAUGCUGCUCGAAGUUUUGUAGCGGUCGAGGAGGAAGUACUCCGUUGGGGAAGAUGGUCUCCUAAUAGAAACUUCACUGCCACUGGCCAUAUUGCUACAGUAGAUGCUUUGCGAUUAUUUCCUCAUCGUAGUUCUGGAAAUAGAUUUUGCCUUUCUGGCGGGCGUGAUAGAGCUAUCAAGCUUUGGAAUAUCAGUGAUCUGGAGGAGUCUCAUCAAACCGCUGAAUCUAAACCAUGCUUCGAUCUGCAAAAUGCACAUGAGGGAUGGAUAUGGUGUCUUGACCAAUCAGCCAGUAAACCGGACGAAUUCCUAUCAUGUAGUUGGGAUUGUACAGUGAAACUGUGGCAGAUUACGCCCACACAUAUCUCCGUUUUCAUAAUCGACACGAAAAACGGGUUGGCUCCAGUUCUAAACUAUGCUCAUCACAAAGGGGCUGUACUCACUUUAGCCAUGCAGGUUUGGGUUUUAAUUCUUCAGGUCUAUAUUUAUAUUGAUAUAUUAUCAAGGAUAUUAGGGUGUUCAUUAGUCAACAUGUUGAUGAUGGGAACAGUUCAUAUUCUAAUCAGUAACCUCAUUCAGGACAACAUUGUUUAUUCGUGUGGUGAAGAUCGUCGUAUUGUGAUGGUAGAUAUUCGGAAUUCGAGCAGACCGGUUUCUGGAUUGGUUUGUGGUUUUGUACAUCUCUUAGUCUCAGAGAUUCUUACCUAUUGA